AUGGCCCGGGUGCGUUUUCGGGACUAUGACGCUGACAGGAAGGAAAUUCAGGGUUUCUUAAAGGAGUUUUUUAAGGCUGAAGCUGACGGCAAAAAACAUUUCCCUUAUUUGGAGCAGCUGCAUAAAAUUGCCAAUCGGAACCAAAAUGUCAUACGCAUCUCUCUGGACGAUCUGUGGGAUGUCAAUGAGGAUUUAACAACCGCAGUGGAACUUAAUACUGUUCGAUUCCAGAAGCUCUUUGCUGAGGCAAUUGAUGAUCUCCUUCCCGAUUUUCGUGAGGGUGAUUCUCAAAUUCGUGAUGUGUUGGACAUCUAUAUCGACCAUAGAAUACGAAUGGAACAAAGGUUGCAUCUGGCUGAUGCGGGAAUUGAACCCGGUCCCGGGGGCCAACAAAACGCCCAAUCAUCCGGCGUUGAUAUGCGCGAGAUAAGGGUUAAGUUCCCCCCGGAACUUUUAAGGCGCUAUGAGGUCUAUUUCACGGCUCGCUCUCACUUUAAACCCAUGAGUGUCCGAAAAGUCCUGGCAUCCAGUAUCGGUCACCUGAUCCAGGUUCGUGGAGUCGUUUCGCGUACAACUGAAGUCAAACCUCUUCUGCGUGUUGCCACCUACACUUGCGACCGGUGCGGUGCCGAAACUUACCAGGAAAUCACAAGUCCCACCUUCAUGCCUUUGAUUUUGUGCCAAACUGCCGCUUGUAGAGGAGCCGGGGCGGGUAGUGCAGGUCAACUUCAACUGCAAACUCGCGGUUCUAAGUUCCAAAAGUUCCAGGAACUCCGUAUUCAGGAGCUUUCAGACCAGGUUCCUGUCGGUAACAUUCCCCGUGGUCUCACCGUCUACGCUUACGGGGAGAACACUCGUCUUGCGCAGCCAGGCGACCACGUUCUGGUUACGGGUGUUUUCUUGCCUUCCGCUCGUGGGACAGUUGGGGGAAGGGCUGUCGCUGCCAUGGCAGGCGCUACUGGUGUUCUUCUUGCUGACACUUUCCUGGAAGCUCAUUCCAUUACUUUACUGAGCGAAUCCGAGCCCAAUCUCGACGUGGAGCCUACGGCGGAGGAAGUUGAGCGUCUCUCGGACCCUGACAUGUAUAAUCUCAUGGCGCAGUCCCUUGCCCCCGAAAUCUACGGUCAUGAGGACGUAAAGAAGGCCCUUCUCCUUCUCCUCGUUGGUGGUGUAGAGAUUCGUCCUCAGGCGGGUCUUAGGAUCCGUGGCAACCUUAAUAUCUGCUUGAUGGGAGAUCCAGGUGUUGCCAAAUCACAGCUCCUGAGUUUUGUUAACCGUCUCAGUCCCCGCUCCCAAUACACCACCGGCCGUGGUAGCUCCGGUGUUGGUCUGACCGCCGCUGUUACAAAAGAUCCCUUUACGGGGGAGAUGACGCUUGAAGGCGGAGCGCUAGUUCUAUCCGACCAGGGGGUGUGUUGCAUCGACGAGUUCGACAAGAUGGCUGAUUUCGACCGUACGGCCAUCCACGAGGUCAUGGAGCAGCAGACCAUCAGCAUCGCAAAGGCAGGCAUCCUCACUACAUUGAACGCACGUGUGGCGUUGCUGGCCGCAGCUAACCCUGCCUACGGUCGAUACAAUCCACACCGCUCUGUUGAGCAGAACAUCGAUCUACCUGCUGCGCUUCUCUCCCGAUUUGACCUCCUCUGGCUCAUUCAGGAUCGCCCCGACAGAGAAAACGACAUGCGUCUGGCGCAGCAUAUCACCUACGUUCACUCACACGGUUCUGCGCCCACUAUCACCGACACAAUAGGUGGUGGCGGUGACAGCAGCAGCACCGGUCGUAUCCUCUCCUUGGUCGAACUGCGCCGACUGAUCACGGUGGCUCGCGCCCAGCCUACUCCCACUGUGCCCGCUCACCUCGCCGACUAUCUGGUGGGCGCUUAUGUGGAGAUGCGGAAAGAGACUCGGGUCAACCGGGAGAUGACCUACACUAGCGCACGCACUCUCCUUGCCAUCCUUCGUCUCUCCACGGCCCGUGCUCGACUCCGUGCCGCUUCCGAGGUCACAAAGUCGGAUGUGGACGAAGCCAUGCGGCUGAUGGAGGCCAGUCGUGCCUCGGUACACAACCCUCCGGGUGGACCCCAUGAUCGUAGCCGUCCGGCAUCUUAUAAGGAUCUCAUCUACCAAGUGGUUCGCGAGCUGCUCUCUGCUGGUGAUGGCACCACCCGCCUUGCCGACGUGAUGGAGCGCUGCGCCACGAAGGGCUUCACCCCUGCGCAGGUCAACGAGGUGGUUGACGCCUAUGAGAACCUCAAUGUCUGGCAACUUAACAUGGGCCGCACGCGUCUCACUGCUGUCGUCUAG